AUGGCGGAGAUGAUCAAGGCCCUACUUGAAGAGGAUGUUAUUUAUGAUGAGUUAAAUCCAAAGUACAGGUUCUUCUUUAACAGUACUCAUUGUUUGGUAAGGGUAAACUUUAUUUUCUGUUCAAUGAGCAUUUAUUUCAGCGAUUAACCAAAGCGACUCUGUUUGUCCACACUCUUUUUACAAUCCUCCCCAUCCUUUAUUAUCUCCCUUAUUCCCUGCCUACCAUCCCUAUUUAUGUUGUAGUAGGUAUUGCUUGUGUCUAUGGGAUCAAAAAGAGUGAUGCUUUGGCCUUGCUUCCCCUUCAGAUCUACAUUGUAAGUUCGUGAAUGAGCGAUUAUACCAUUACAGGUGACAUUGUUCGUUUUCUCGGCUGCUACGUUAAUCACGGACCCAUUAAUAGUUUAUUACUGGCGCUCCGAUAUCUACGAGUUCUUCAAUUAUGGUAAAUAUUAAAGUCAAGCAUGUCUAAUAAUAUGAUUUUAGAAGGAAAAUCGUCGUAUUUAUUCCUAUUACUGAUCCUUUCCAACAUCUUCAUGUUCCAUCUGAUCUUUACAGUACUAUUAUUCUGGCAGUAUCAAGUUAUUGUUUAUUGUCGCGAUUACAUGAUUCAAGUGAAAGAAAGAGCAGAGUACUCCAAACUAUCUGUGCCCCCAUCUUUUCUGAAUACCCAAAUCAAUGAGAGCACCCCCAUCACUGCCAAAAACCCCAAUUAUGCGGUAUUUUCUCUGGAGAACAUUGAGGAACGGCCAGAUCUUGUUAAUCCCAAUUAG